GCGCGGCUGGGAAGGAGCGAGGGAGGGGGCAGGAGGAAGAGGAGAGGAAGGCCAAAGCCAGAGCAGCCGGGCAGCCCAAGCAUCGGGAGCAAACGGCCUGAUCCCGGAGCAAGUUGCCUCGGGAGCCUAAUCCUCUCCCGCGGGCUCGCCAAGCGGUCAGUGGCGCACGGCGGCGGCGAGGCUGAAAUAUGAUAAUCAGAACAGCUGCGCUGCGCGCGCUGUAGCCAAUGGGCGCGGCGCUCGCCUGACGCGCCCGCGCGCUGCGUCAGACCAAUGGCGAUGGAGCUGAGUUGGAGCAGAGAAGUUUGAGUAAGAGAUAAGGAAGAGAGGUGCCCGAGCCGUGCCGAGUCCGCCGCCGCCGCAGCGCCUCCGCUCAGCCAACUCCGCCGGCUUAAAUUGGACUCCCAGAUCCGCGAGGGCGCGGCGCAGCGGAGCAGCGGCUCUCUCAGCCUUGGCAACGCCAGAGGCCACAGUUUCCCACUUAGCCACAGCUCCAGCAUCCUCUGUGUGGGCUGUUCACCAACUGUACAACCACCAUUUCACUGUGGACAUUACUCCCUCUUACCGAUAUGGGAGACAUGGGAGAUCCACCAAAAAAAAAACGUCUGAUUUCCCUAUGUGUUGGUUGCGGCAAUCAAAUUCACGAUCAGUAUAUUCUAAGGGUUUCUCCGGAUUUGGAAUGGCAUGCGGCAUGUUUGAAAUGUGCGGAGUGUAAUCAGUAUUUGGAUGAGAGCUGUACGUGCUUUGUUAGGGAUGGGAAAACCUACUGUAAAAGAGAUUAUAUCAGGUUGUACGGGAUCAAAUGCGCCAAAUGCAGCAUCGGCUUCAGCAAGAACGACUUCGUGAUGCGUGCCCGCUCCAAGGUGUACCACAUCGAGUGUUUCCGAUGUGUGGCCUGCAGCCGCCAGCUCAUCCCUGGGGACGAGUUCGCGCUGCGGGAGGACGGGCUUUUCUGCCGAGCAGACCACGACGUGGUGGAGAGGGCCAGCCUCGGCGCCGGCGACCCGCUCAGUCCGCUGCAUCCGGCGCGGCCCCUGCAAAUGGCAGCCGAGCCCAUCUCCGCCCGGCAGCCGGCCCUGCGGCCCCACGUCCACAAGCAGCCCGAGAAGACCACGCGCGUGCGAACUGUGCUGAACGAGAAGCAGCUGCACACCUUGCGGACCUGCUACGCCGCCAACCCCCGGCCCGAUGCGCUCAUGAAGGAGCAACUGGUGGAGAUGACCGGCCUCAGCCCUCGAGUGAUCCGAGUCUGGUUUCAGAACAAGCGGUGCAAGGACAAGAAGCGAAGCAUCAUGAUGAAGCAGCUCCAGCAGCAGCAGCCCAAUGACAAAACUAAUAUCCAGGGGAUGACAGGAACUCCCAUGGUGGCUGCCAGUCCAGAGAGACACGACGGUGGCUUACAGGCUAACCCAGUUGAGGUACAAAGUUACCAGCCACCUUGGAAAGUACUGAGCGACUUCGCCUUGCAAAGUGACAUAGAUCAGCCUGCUUUUCAGCAACUGGUCAAUUUUUCAGAAGGAGGACCAGGCUCUAAUUCUACUGGCAGUGAAGUAGCAUCGAUGUCCUCUCAACUCCCAGAUACACCUAACAGCAUGGUAGCCAGUCCUAUUGAGGCAUGAGGAACAUUCAUUCUGUAUUUUUUUUCCCUGUUGGAGAAAGUGGGAAAUUAUAAUGUUGAACUUCAAAACAAAAGUAUUUAACGACCCAGUCAAUGAAAACUGAAUCAAGAAAUGAAUGCUCCAUGAAAUGCACGAAGUCUGUUUUAAUGACAAGGUGAUAUGGUAGCAACACUGUGAAGACAAUCAUGGGAUUUUACUAGAAUUAAAACAAACAACAAACAAAAACCCAAAACCCAAUAUAUGCUAUUCAAUGACCUUAGAAGUACUGAAAAAAAAGAAAAAGACAUUUUUAAAACGUAGAGGAUUUAUAUUCAAGGAUCUCAAAAAAAGCAUUUUCAUUUCACUGCACAUCUAGAGAAAAGCAGAAAUAGGAAUUUUUCUAGUCCAUCCUAAUCUGAAUGGUGCUGUUUCUAUAUUGGUCAUUGCCUUGCCAAACAGGAGCUCCAGCAAAAGAGCAGGAAGAGAGACUGGCCUCUUUGGCUGAAAGAGUCCUUUCAGGAAGGUGGAGCUGCAUUGGUUUGCGAUGUUUUUAGUUGACUUUAACAAGGGGUUAAUUGAAAUCCUGGGUCUCUUAGCAUGUCCUGUAGCUGGUUUCUUUUUUACUUUUGCCCCUCCCUCCUCUUUUUUUUUGAGAUCCAUCCUCUAUCAAGAAGUCUGAAGCGACUUUAAAGGUUUUUGAAUUCAGAUUUGAAAACCAACUUAUAAAGCAUUGCAACAAGGUUACCUCUAUUUUGCCACAAGCGUCUCGGGAUUGUGUUUGACUUGUGUCUGUCCAAGAACUUUUCCCCCAAAGAUGUGUAUAGUUAUUGGUUAAAAUGACUGUUUUCCCUCUCUCUGGAAAUAAAAAGGAAAAAAAGGAAAUUUUUUUUGUUUGCUCUUGCAUUGCAAAAAUUAUAAAGUAAUUUAUUAUUUAUUGUCGGAAGACUUGCCACUUUUCUUGUCAUUUGACAUUAUUUUUUGUUUGCUGAAGUAAAAAGACAAAGGUUGUACCGUGGUCUUUGAAUUAUAUGUCUAAUUCUAUGUGUUUGUCUUUUUUUCUUAAAUAUUAUGUGAAAUCAAAGCGCCAUAUGUAGAAUUAUAUCUGCAGGACUAUUUCACUAAUAAACGUUUGGCAUAGAUAAAUAAAUAAA